AUUUAUAUAAAUUACUGAAGGUAAAAUAUCCAUGAGUAAGGUAGAACACAAAAGAGAAGAUAAAGCCAACCAGAAGAUCAAAGAGGCGCUUCAAAAAGCAUCUCAUAUGUUCAUGGGCGAUAUCGGUAAAAGAGUCGAAGAGGACGAGCUGAUUCUUAAGAAAAAGAUUGAAUUAAAGACUAAGAAUAUGUUUAACACCAUUGAUAAUGAAAUCCCUGAUUAUUUUAUUGAUGAAAGAAAAAGAAGGAAAUUACUCGAAGACCUUAAAAUCAAAUACAGAAAGAGAGUGAGACUUCCUGAAGAUAUUCAAGAGGAAGAAGAGCAAAAGGAAAAGGAGAAGCAAGACAAGCUUAAAGACCAGAAAGUUGAAGAAGAUGAUGAUGAUAGAAAGGCUACAUCUGAAGUCCUUGCUAAGAUUGAGGAAGAAAAGAAGGACACCGCUCUUAAGAAAAUGAUUCCUGCUAAAUUCAGAAAGAAAGUUCAAGCUAUUGAGUACAAACAAGAGAGUACUGACGGGAAAUUAGUGCCUUAUAAACCUAAAGAGAUGGCUUUAGAUCUUCCUAGCAAUGCAAGUGCGCUUAAUCUUGCAAAUGCAUUGAAUUCAAACAGAAAUGCCAUUGUCUUGAGGAAACAAAGGGUUGUUCAACCUGAAUGGCAUGCUCCUUGGAAAUUGAUGAGAGUCAUUAGUGGACACCAAGGAUGGGUUAGAGCAAUAGCUGUUGAUGUUACAAAUAAAUGGUUUGUCACAGGAUCAAGAGAUAGAACUAUCAAGUUCUGGGACCUUGUUGAAGGAAACUUGUUGCUCACAUUGACCGGUCAUAUCAGUACUGUCAGAGGUCUCUGAGUUAGUGAAACACAUCCAUAUUUAUUUUCUUGUGGUGAAGACAAGCAAGUAAUGUGAUGGGAUCUUGAACAGAAUAAAGUAGUGAGGAAAUAUCAUGGACAUCUUAGUGGUGUCUACAGUAUUGCUCUGCAUCCAAGCCUUGACUUAUUAAUGACAGGCAGUAGAGAUUCUACAUGAAGAGUAUGGGAUAUGAGGACUAAGGCUGAAGUCCAUUGUUUAUCUGGACAUGGAGAUAUCGUAUCCUCAAUUAUUGGCCAAGACUAUGAACCUCAGGUAAUCACUGGAUCUCAUGAUAAAACUAUAAAAUUGUGGGACAUUGGAACUGGAAGAAAAAUAAAAACAUUGACACAUCAUAAAAAGAGCAUCAGAGCAAUGGCAUGUCAUCAUGAAGAAAAUACUUUUGCAAGUGGAGCUGGAGAUAAACUUAGACAAUGGGCUCUUCCAGAAGGAGAGCAGAUGAGAAAAUUAGAAGGUCACAAUUCAAUUAUUAACUCUCUUUCUCUCAAUAAAGAUAAUGUUCUUGUCAGUGGAGGUGAUAAUGGAACAAUGUACUUCUGGGACUGGAAGAGUGGAUACAAUUUCCAAAGUUUAACUAGUCAAGUGCAGCCAGGUUCCCUUAGCUCAGAAGCUGGAAUAUUUGCCUCAACAUUUGAUAGAAGUGGAUUGAGACUUCUUACUGGAGAAUGUGAUAAAACAAUCAAGAUUUGGAAGCAAGAUGAUGAGGCUACUCCUGAAACUCACCCAGUCUCUGUUGUAUAAUUUCAACAUAAUAUUUCAUAAAA